AUGACAACUUGCGAUAAUAUUGCCCAGGCAAAUGGCGACGACGAAUGUAGGGCUUGGGUACGUAAGCUUAUCGACGCGAGAGAUGAAGUCGUGGCAUUUGUUGAUGCCCAGUUGGAUGGCAAGGGAGCUGGAGAGUACCUUGGUUUCUUCAAGGGAUCAUUUAACCUCAGCUUCCACAUCGGAUUUAGGGGUCAAGGACCAAGCGCUCUCAUCCGCUUUGCAAAACCCGGCCAUAUAAAUCUGCAGUGGAGGGCCGAAAAGGUCGAAAACGAAGUGCACAUUAUUGAGUACCUUCGCCAACACACCACUAUUCCCUUGCCUUGCAUACGCUGCUGGGGUUUAGCUGAGGAGAGCCCUCAACAGUUGGGUCCAUUCAUCAUCAUGGAAUUCAUUGACGGGAUUAAACUAUCGAGGUUUCUUAAGCAGCUGACCGAAGACGAAAAUGCUGAGAUCAUCCUGGACCCUGCCAUUGACGACGAAACUCUCGACGUUAUUUAUGACCAGCUAGCCGACUACAUAUUUCAGAUUUCUCAACUUGAGUUCCCUCUUAUUGGAGCGGUCUCUAAGGAUGCUCUUGGGGCAUGGGCUGUCACCCGAAGGCCCUUGACAUAUGAUAUGAACGAGUUGGUAACCGGAACAGGAUAUCCAAUGGACCAACUUCCCACUUCGCUAUUCCACUGUUCGAGUGACUGCUUCCACUCGAUUGCGCGCCAACGUCUCCUUCACCUUGACACCCAGCGGAAUCUGGCUAAAGAUGAGGCUGAUGUUCUCAGGCGAUUCAUCGCCCGUCAUGCGUUUAAGCAACUGAUACCCCAAAUUCUGCAUUGA